AAUGGUUUAUUGAAGCUGAGUCUUUUCUAUUUUGAGUAUUUUGUUGAUAUAACCAAAAUUAUGGGUGGAGAUGAUUUGAGCUUCACAAGAUUGGUGUGUACUGCUUUGUUUGGUCUGUUAAUGUUAUUGCAAAUCAAGGAAACUUCUGCAUCAGCACCCUUUGUAAGCUCCAGUGUUUGUCGGUCUGAUCACUUGACCUACACAAAGCCUUAUCAACAAGGGAGUUUGUUCACAAUUAACGGGAACCCGGUGGAGAAAAUCCGCUUUUGCGAAGCCUUACGGUUUCACAAAGCCAAUGGUUGUAUCUUUGGGGAUUCUUUCAGUGAUGACUUCUGCACAGUUCACUAUCUACUAGGGAGAAGGUUUUUGGAAGAAAAAUCUGUUAAAGAUUCCAAAAAUAGUAAGCCUAAAUCUGAAUAUAGCCAUGUUAAAGUCAGCAUGGCAGGAAGCGGGUUUCUUCUCUUGUUUUGCGGGCUAUGUUGUCCUUGCUUCCAUAAGGAGAGGAAAGCAAAUAGUCAUGAAGUUCUACCUAAAGAAUCUAACUCAGUGCACCAAGUUUCCUCUUCUGAAAUGAGCCCUUCUUCUGAGAAGAUUCCGCCUAGUCCAUUCCGGGCACCACCAAGUCCGUCCCGUGUACCGCAAAGUCCAUCUAGAUAUGCUAUGUCCCCGAGGCCUAGUAGACUGGGACCCUUGAAUCUGUCCAUGAGUCAGAUUAAUGCAGCAACCAGCAAUUUCUCAGACACUCAUCAAAUCGGUGAAGGAGGCUUUGGGGUAGUCUAUAAAGGGUUUCUAGAUGAUGGCCAGGUGGUUGCCAUAAAACGAGCAAAAAAGGAACACUUUGAGAAUCUGCGAACGGAAUUCAAAAGUGAAGUUGACCUUUUGUCUAAAAUUGGCCACCGGAAUCUAGUGAAGCUUCUUGGUUAUGUUGAUAAAGGAGACGAGCGACUUAUCAUAACCGAGUAUGUCAGAAAUGGUACACUCCGCGAUCACUUGGAUGGUGCUCGUGGAACUAAACUUAAUUUCAAUCAGAGGUUGGAGAUUGUGAUUGAUGUCUGCCAUGGAUUGACCUAUCUCCAUUCUUAUGCAGAAAGACAGAUAAUCCACCGUGACAUAAAAUCCUCGAACAUUCUACUCACGGAUAGCAUGAGAGCCAAAGUGGCAGACUUCGGGUUUGCAAGAGGCGGCCGUCGUCCAGUGGAGGCCAAGCGACCUCAUGAUGAGAGGAUUACGGUUCGAUGGGCAUUCGACAAGUACAAUGAAGGGAGAGUGUUUGAACUGGUGGAUCCAAACGCGAGGGAACGAGUAGAUGAGAAGAUACUAAGAAAGAUGUUUAGUUUGGCAUUUCAAUGUGCUGCUCCUACCAAAAAAGAGCGGCCGGACAUGGAAGCUGUUGGGAAGCAGCUUUGGGCUAUAAGAUCAAGUUAUCUCAGGCGAUCAAUGGAAUGAAACAUAAUAAAUGAUUUUCACACGU